AUGUCUUCUAACUUUCUCCUCUUCGGGGAGCCCGAGUGUGUCCCCCUAGCGCGCUGGUCAACUCCGAGUCCCAGGCCGGCCCGCGGGCAUCCGGAGCCCUCCGGCCGGGCAUUUCAGCCCUGCGGAGAAUUCUGGUGGGCCCCGGGCAAGUUCCCCGCCAGGGGCUGCUCCCCGCCCGGCGGCCCUCACCGCCGUCUCAGUGAACCCAGGGGCCGCGUUGGCUCGGGGCUGCGCUCCGGGCUCGGCCCGGGGACUAGGACCCACACUCCAGGAGCCGAGCAGCUUCCCAAGGUCUCCCCACUUCUGCGGGCGGCAGGGGUGCCCCCCGCUCCCUCCGCCUCGGCUCCCCUCCCCGCUGGGCUAGCUGCUUUGAAUUGCUCGCAGUUUGCCGAAGGCGGUGUGCUGAGUUGGACGCUCCGGGAAACAAAGCAACCAAAACCAGCUCCCAGUUGA